UCUCCGCGGGGGGCGGGGCGCGCCGGGAAAAGUUCCGGGAAGGUGGGUCUCCCGCCCAGGCCCGGCGCGGAAGUCGCCGGCGGCCCGUGCCCUCCCGGCCAGGCCCGGAGCCAUGUCGUCUGGGAACGCGGGGUCCGCCGGGCGGGAGGGCGCCCCGCGCGCUGCUGCCGCGCUCUGCGGCCUGUACCACGAGGCGGGGCAGCGGCUGAGGCGCCUGCAGGACCAGCUGGCCGCCCGGGACGUCCUCAUAGCGCGCCUCCGCGCCCGUCUGGCCGCGCUCGAGGGGGACACGGCGCCGUCGCUCGUGGACGCGCUGCUGGAGCAGGUGGCGCGCUUCCGGGAGCAGCUGCGGCAGCGGGACGGCGGCGCCGCGGAGGCCGCGCUGCGCCAGGAAAUCGAGAGACUUUCCGAGCAACUAGAAGAAAAAGAGCGGGAGACGCAGCAGCUGAUGAGCCAGCCCGAGCGGGAGCAGGAGAAGGAAGUGGCCCUGCUGAGGAGAAGCGCGGCACAGAAGGGGCGGGCCCGGGCCGCCAGCGACAUUCUGUGCCGCUCCUUGGCCGACGAGACCCAUCAGCUGCGGAGGACUCUGGCCGCCACCGCCCACAUGUGCCAGCAUCUGGCCAAGUGUCUGGAUGAACGCCAGCGCACGCAGGGGGACGCGGGGGAGAGGAGCCCUGAGCCAGCGUGUGCAGAUGGGGACGGCUCUGUCCACACGGUUGUUGAGAAGUUACGGGAGGAGAAUCGACUGUUGAAGCAGAAGGUGACUCACGUGGAAGACCUCAAUGCCAAGUGGCAGCGCUAUGAUGCCAGCAGGGACGAGUACGUGAGGGGGCUUCACGCACAGCUGAGGGGGCUGCAGGCCCCCCUCGAGGCUGAGAGGCCCUCCCCACCCGAGCUGAUGAGGAAGGAGAUCUCCCGGCUCAACACACAGUUGGAGGAGAAAAUCAACGACUGUGCAGAAGCAAGGCGGGAGCUGGCGGCCGCGAGGAGGGCCCGGGACGCCGCGCUGGAGCGGGUGCAGAUGCUGGAGCAGCAGAUCCUCGCGUACAAGGACGACUUCACGUCGGAGAGGGUCGACCGGGAGCGGGCUCAGAGUCGGAUCCAGGAGUUGGAGGAACGGGUGGCCUUGCUGCAGCGCCAGGAUCCUCGAGAGCCAGGCUCUUGCCGGAUUCACACUGGGGGCAAAACUCCCGGGUACUUAGAGACCGACGCUUCGGAGCUUGUGGCACCCGGUGGCUGCAGGCCUAGGAUGGGAUCCCAGCGGCCAGAACUCCCCGCAGAGGGCGGGAGCCCCGGAGCAACCCAGAGAGGCCAGGGGGACCUUCAGUGCCCUCACUGCCUGCAGUGCUUCAGCGAUGAGCAGGGGGAGGAGCUCUUCCGGCACGUGGCCGAGUGCUGCCAGUGAGCGGGCGCUGGGCCGCCCGGCCCGGAGGCGCGCGUGGGUGCUCCCAGCACGCAGCAUCGGGAUGCGGGGCCCCCAGAACAGGCUGGGGGCGCUUCUGAGCCUUCCCCUUGGUCCCCCUUGGGUCAGGGGGCACUUCCGGUGGGGCUGGAGGGAGAGGUGGGGUUGGGAGCAUUCGUGCCCAGGAGGGCGCAGCCUCGCCUCUGGUGUGGAGUUGGACGUCCCAAGCUGUCGGGCCGAGGCCGCGCGUGAUGUGGCGUGGGGUUCUUCCAGGCCCGCAGGACAGCCCUGCCCCAGCCGCACCUGGGGACGCUGCAGCUCACUGGGACGCGGCGGCCGCCCGUGGGAAGUGCGCCCACGCCCACCAGGAGGCGUGCACAGCUGAGCACUGUGCCUGCACUGAAAUAAGGCCGCACUGCAAGAGUGUGUGCUGCAUAUCUGGAACUUAAACGUGUUUAUGUCACAUGACUUAUUUUUGUAAUAAAUGCACUUGCUACAGCGACUGCUCUGAGAGUGUGCUCUGGGGGCUGGGGUGCAGGGACCCGGCAGCAUUUCCAUCUGGGCCCGAGUUACACCAGCCGGGAGGAGAGACACUCUUUCUUACUGUUUGUCUGUCACCUGUUUGUUUGUUUGUUAAGGUAUCCAGAGGGGCGGGGUCAGCGGGAGUCCAGCCUGCCCAGCACUCUGCCUUCGGCCUGUUUCAGCUCCAGCCAGGGUGUGAAGGGCUUGGGGUGAGGCGGGAGGAACCAGGCGCCUGGCGAAGGCAAGUGAGAGGCUUGCAGGGCAAGGACUGCGUGCAUAGUCCUGGCGGGGUCAGGGCUGUGUGACUCAAGCUAACCCUCAGAACAGUCGCAGGAGGUAAGUACUGCUAUCAAUCAAUCCUCCUCAACACAGGUGUGGAAGGUGAGGCACAGAGGGGUAAGGCCACUUGCCCAAGGUCACAGUAGCAGGGGACAAAGCUAGGAUGUAAACCCAGGCCAUCUGGCUCCUGAGCCCACAUUCCACUUCCCGAUGUGUGGAGGAGCUGCCGGCACGGUGCAGGGCCAGCACUGGGUGCACGUGCUGUCCCUCCUGCCUGGAACCUCGCUCGCCCUCUCGCUGGCUAAGUCGGUCCUCCUCCAGUUGUAGUUCAGGCGUCCACUCCUCUGUAGGAUCCCUGCGCACCCCACUUUCCAGGAGCCGACUGGAAGGGAUCAGUCUGUGCAGCGUGGGUGCUAGAACGUCACAGGAAGCCUCCGUCUCACUGUCCUGAGGAGUUGGAGGAGUUUGGAAAUAGAUGGGGACCUCCUGGAGAGAAGGGAGCUGCAGAAGGGAGAGCCCUCAAAUCCUUGGCUGACCCCUGAACUGUGCAAGCUUAGCGUAAGACUCACUCCAAGAAUCCUGGGGCAGGAACAGCGGCUGGAAGGCAGGAUGUGCUGAGCAGAGCUCCCAGCGGCUGUCCACCGUAGUGUGGCAGUUCCGAAGCUGAGUCCCUUGGGGUUAGAGGGGCUGGAAAACCUUGGUUUUCCUUUGAAACCCUCGAAGGGCCACAUUUUAGGAGUAAAGUUGACAUCUUAGGGCCAAAACAAAACAGCCCUGCUCUUCCAGGCAGCCAUCCAGUAAUUCACUGGCCUGUUGGAACAAACUCUGGCUUUCUUCAGAGCCAGGACCUUGUACUAUAUUAACCAGAGUCCAAUAUACAGUAAAAAAUACUAGACAUACGGGAAAAAAGGCAUAAUGAAGAUAUAUUCACACAAACACAAGCUAACAAAAAUUUAUAUCCAGCAGAUUGUACGACAAGAAAAAAGUAUACUAUGGAAAUUACUCAGGCUAGAGGGAAAUGAUUCUGGAUAAAAACAAACAUAGAAAGGAAUGAAGAGCAUGGGAAUGGGGACUUCCCUGCUGGCACAGUGGUUAAGACUCCGUGCUUCCAAUGUAGGGGGCCCGGGUUUGAUCCCUGGUCAGGGAACUAGAUCCCACAUGCAUGCUGAAACUAAGAGUUUGCAUGCCACAACUAAGGAGCCCACGUGCCGCAACUAAGGAGCUGGCAAACUGCAACUAAGGAGCCCGCGACUAAGACCUGGUGCAACCAAAUAAAUAUUAAAAAAAAAAAAAAAGGGAAUGGGUAGAUAUGAAUGAAUAUUGACUGUUUAAAACAAUAAUGUCUUGAGGGUUUUAAAACAUGCAAACAUGUGACCACAAGAACUUUCUAGGUGAGGGACAGGAGUGUUUAAUGAAUUUAUACAAGUGUAAGGUUUUUGUGUUGAUUUGUGGUGGACUAAUGAACUAAGGAAACAUAAUCUCUAGGGUAACCACUAAAGUAGUAAUGAAAAUAUCUAAUUAGAAAGUUAAUAGAACAGAAAAAUGUUUUUAUUAAUCCAAAGCAAGACAAGUUAGGAGAACCAAAGGGAUAAAGGAGAGAUGAGACAAAGAGAAAGCAGUUGGAAGAUGGUAGACUUAACCAAC